AUCUGUUUGCUUGAUGCGUCACUUGGCUUCAAACCCAACCCAGGCAUUUUUGUGCCAUCGCCACUCGCAACUUCAUCGUACUAUCUUUCCUCCCAGCGCAUUCUUCCAGCAACAGUACAUUCGCUCAUCAACAUGCCUUCAACUGAUUACUACGGUAACCGCUUCGGACGCAGGUUCAGACCCUUCAAUCUACGACUUCGAUUCAGAAAACGUACCCACGCUCCUCUUGAUAGCAUAAACAGCAACGCAAUUCUCCCAGAAGCCAGCGAUGAAAAGGAAAGAGAAGAUCCCCAAAUCAAAGUUGACAUCAAUGCCAUCAGAUCGUCUGAGGGCGGGGCGGAGGCUUCGUAUCACCCAUUGUCACCAGCGUCCAUAUUGACACAAAGACGAAUUGAGCAAACGGUAACGCGUGUACAACUUGAGAACCUCUUGCGAGAGCAAGCGAUACUUAUGUUAUACUCGUCUCUCCGUCUCACACGAUCCACUAACCGCGAUACAGAUCUCGUCUCCCUUGUGUACGCUGAUAAUCAGCUUCCAGCUCAUCGCUUCGAUGUGUGCACCACUUCCACGACAGAGGCUGUCCUGCAGGGAAAUCCGUCUAAAAUCUACAUCACACGAGCGAUCAUGCAUACUGGUAUGCCAACCUUGAGCUGGCGCGUCAUUAAAACGGGGACUGGAAGCUUCCCCACUCUCGUGGAGAGCUUAGAAGACUUUAUACAUGAGCUACGGAGGGAUCUUGGGAUACGUGCAGCUGGACAUGCUCCAGGACAAUCCUGGCUCGGUACACAGAAUUGAUCAACCGCUCAUUGAUGUGACAAAUGAAGGCCCAGAAGAGAGGUUUAUUGGUCUUCGAGCAGGCAACAGUAACGGAUUGCAUGCCGUUGGCUGAGCCAACGUAGUGAAGAGAAGCAGUGACAGGAAACUGCAACGACUUAUGGUGCUAUACACUCGCAUGAUAGGACUCACUCGAUAGUUGCAUGGAUUCAUGAUGUCAGAAGCUGGAACCAGCUUGCCAUGCUACAGAUUUUCAGUCUCUACUGGUCGAUUUCUUCGAUGUCCUGUAUGUGACGCUUUGCUGAGGACAGGUAGAAGUUACUAAGCCUGUCACCCACAACUUUAGAAGCACACUCCGAUGAAUCUACCCAGCCCAUCUGUCUGUGGGGGCUUUAUAUGUCGCCGGAAA